AUGGGUGCCCUCAAGUAUGUCGAAGAGCUCCAGAAGAAGAAGCAGUCCGAUGUGAUGCGCUUCCUUCUGCGUGUUCGCUGCUGGGAACUCCGACAGCUGAAUGUCAUCCACCGCGCCUCGCGUCCCUCGCGCCCCGACAAGGCUCGCCGCCUCGGUUACAAGGCCAAGCAGGGCUACGUUAUCUACCGCGUCCGCGUCCGCCGCGGAGGCCGCAAGAAGCCCGUCGCCAAGGGUGCCACCUUCGGCAAGCCCACCAACCAGGGUGUCAACCAGCUCAAGUACCAGCGCUCCCUCGCCUCCACCGCCGAGGAGCGUGUCGGCCGCCGCUGCGCCAACUUGCGCGUUCUCAACUCGUACUGGGUUAACCAGGACUCGACCUACAAGUACUUCGAGGUCAUCCUCGUCGACCCCCAGCACAAGGCCAUCCGCCAGGACCCCCGCAUCAACUGGAUUGUCGCCCCCGUCCACAAGCACCGCGAGUCCCGCGGCCUCACUGCCACUGGCAAGAAGUCCCGCGGCCUCAACAAGGGCCACCGCUACAACAAGACCCAGGCCGGCCGCAGAAAGACCUGGAAGCGUCACAACACCCUCUCCCUGUGGCGCUACCGGUAA